AUGUCUUCCUUCGAACCAGUCGUUGUGAUCGAUGGAAAGGGACACUUGCUUGGUCGCCUAGCCAGCACUGUAGCGAAGCAGCUGCUGAAUGGACAAAAAAUAGUCGUCGUUCGUUGCGAAGCCAUCAACAUCUCUGGAGAGUUCUUCCGAGCAAAGCUCAAGUACCAGGCCUACCUCCGGAAAAUUACUCGAUACAAUCCUACGCGUGGCGGUCCCUUCCAUUUCCGCGCUCCCUCCCGCAUUUUCUACAAGACCGUACGAGGAAUGAUACCGCACAAAACUGCUCGUGGCACCGCCGCAAUGGAAAGACUGAAGGUUUUUGAAGGCAUCCCACCACCAUACGACAAGAAGCAGAGACAAGUUGUGCCUCAGGCAUUGAGAGUGAUCCGUCUAAAGCCAGGGAGGAAGUAUUGCACUGUUGGACGGUUGGGUCACGAAUUCGGCUGGAAAUACCAAGAUGUGGUCGCCAGACUCGAGGAGAGGAGAAAAGUCAAAUCCGCAGCCUACUACGAGAGGAAGAAGGCGAUGAGGAGAACGUUGGUGACGGCAAAGAAGGAAGCAAGCGUGGAUGAGAACAUAAAGAAGGAAUUAGCCAAAUAUGGUUAUUAA